AUGGCGCCACAGAGUCGUCUAGUGAUGAGAAGGAAAAUCUUUAAGGUUGUCCAAAGAGAAGAAAGAUACAAAGCUACUACAAGAAAAUAUAAAGAAGUACAGUGGAGUAAGAUUGUGAAAAUUGGGAAAGUGGGUAGCAGAAAUUUGAGAUGGAAAAAGAAUGUUCGACGUUGGUUCAGAAGUUAUGCCACUACAGUAGAAGCUGCUUUGGCUUAUGACAAUACAACCAUUGAGAUAAGAGGUGCUAAUGCUUGGACAAACAUUCUUGAGCCACCACCGAAGGAUAUCAACCCCAUCAAGACCAUUCCACCACUAAAAUAG